AUGGUGCAGAUUGAAACUAUUCAUCCAUGGGAUCCUGAACGGAUCAAGAUCUACCGCGAUUUAUUAAAUAGAAAUAUGCUGCUGCUUCAGCAUCAUUCCGGGAAAAAUCUCCGCGAAUUCGGCCAUGUGCUCCGAAAAGUCGCCAAAGUGGACUCGGGCGAUCGACAAGUGUUCGGCGAGUUGUUCUUCUUGCCAAAAAUAGCACAACCCUGUGCUGCACUCAAGGAAUUCGUACGCAAGGCUGUGUCAUGGAGCAAAGACAUCCCACGUGCGGUCGUUGCAUGCCGUUGUGAAACUCCAGUCGAGGUGUACAAAGUGAAGCCGCAGCAGCACAACGAUUUUGGCAUUGUUUAA